AUGCCUAGAGGAAGGGACAGAUUAACCACAAGGCCUAAACGGACAACUAGAUCAUCUCCAAUAUCUCAUGGUGAUGUAACUGAGGGAAGACUUGUAAUACAUCCAGUUGCUGGUUCAGAAUGCCAGAAUGUGAGCUUGAUUCAGGAAUUUAAAGCAUUGAAUCCUCCAAGCUUUCGGGGUGGCCCUAAUUUUCUUGAAGCUGAGAAUUGGAUGAAAGAAAUAAAGAAAAUACUGGAUGUAAUGGCAGUGCCUGAGGAAAGGAGAGUUUCUUUAGCUUCCUUCAUGUUGAGGGAUGAAGCAGACAAUUGGUGGGAUAUGAUCAAGACUACUCAGGAUGUAAAUAAAAUGGUUUGGAUGCAAUUUGAGGAGCUGCUUUUAUCUAAUUACUUUCUAGAGGCCGUUAGAAGACAGAAGAGAGCUGAAUUUAUACACUUGGUUCAAAGGAACAUGACAGUGACUGAAUAUGCAACAAAAUUUACACAACUAUCUAGAUAUGCUCCAAAUGUGGUUGCAGAUGAACAAAUGCAAGUUGAACAAUUCCAAGAGGGGUUGAGAUUGAACAUUAGAGCACAGGUUGCUCCUUUCAUGCUUCGUACUUAUAGUGAGGUUGUGGCAAGGCCUCUUGUUAUAGAAAGGGAAAUGGAGGAAGCUCAAAGGUUGAGAAGCAAAAAUUCUAGGUUUGGUGGUUCAGAAAAACGAGAACAUGAUUUCAAGCGCCUGAAAGUGACUCAUCCCCAACGACAACCCAGAAAACAAGAGCAGUAUAGUGGGGCUACAAAUUCAGCUAAGGGACCAAGGAGAUGUUAUGAAUGUGGUGAGGUGGGACAUCUGAGGAGAGAGUGCCCAAAAUUUCAACGACUUGCAUUCCAGCCAUCUCAACGACAGUUUCAGCAGAUGAACCCACGAAUUCAAGGAAGGCAACCUCAAGGGGAAGGAAACUUUAGACAAGGGAAGCCUGGAGGGAAGUCAAAGCAAGCACAACAAGGGAGAUUUUAUGCAAUAGGGUCACAAAAUGCAGAGUCAAAUGCCUUGGUGGAAGGUAUGCUCUUAUGUUUUAGCACUUGGGCACAUGUUUUAUUUGAUCCAGGAGCUACCCACUCUUUUAUUUCUGCAUCAUUUGCCUCCAUGCUAGACAUAGAAUUUGUUCCCCUACAUUGUUCAUUAUGUGUUGAGACUCCUAUGGGUGGUAAGGUGGAAACCAAGUGGGUAUGUCAUGCUUGUGUACUUUAUAUUGGGGGUCUUGAAGUUACAAUGGAUCUGGUUCUUCUUGAUAUUUCAUCGUUUGAUGUAAUUGUGGGGAUGGAUUGGCUUGCCUGA